AUGAAGGCUUCCGUCCUCUCGCUCGUCUUCUUGUCCGGCCUUGCCGCCGCCCAAUCCGGGAUCCCUACCUGCGCUACGGGCUGCGUGACCCAAUUCACCACCGGCACUUCGAUUGCUGGCUGCGGACAGCUCGACAUUGCCUGUAUCUGCAAGAACGCCGAUUUCCUCAACGGCAUCGCAUGCUGCCUGGCCUCAUCUUGCGACCAGGCCGCUCAGACCCAAGCCGUCAAUUACGCCAAGCAGAUCUGCUCUUCUGCCGGAGUCUCGACUCCCGAUUCGGUUGUCUGCAACGAGAAGUCGUCCAGCAGCUCGACUGAGGCCUCCCACGAGUCUACCACUGCCAGCGAGUCCUCCUCCUCGACUGCCACGACUGGGUCCUCUGACUCGUCUACAACCGACUCUUCCGAGUCAUCCACCACCGCCGAGUCUUCUACUUCUGGCCCCGCCACCACCAACUCCGCUUCCCGAACCACUGCCACUUCCGCAGCACAGCAGACAACUUCUGCGGCUUCCACUACAAGCUCUAACGUUGCUGCCCCUCUGGCAUCGGCCGGCAGCUUCGUUGGUGCGGCCAUUGCCGUGUUGGCCGCUGCCUUGUAA